AUGAGUAGUGAAGAUAAGGAAGAAGUCUUUGUGCUUGAGAAAGCAGAGAUCUCAGCUGAUGAUGACGAGGGCUAUGACUAUGAUGAGAUUAAAGACAGUGAUGAUGAACAGUUUUUAGAGAGAGAAGAGAGUGAAGACGAUGAUUUGGAGGACUUUGAAAGACUCAAGCAUAAUACUAAUUUAAAGAAGAUAGAGAAGCAGACUCAAGGCAAGUCUCAUCUUGGAACAACCUUUGCCAAAACUAAGCAUGAAGUCAAGCCUAAGGUAGUUAAAAGACAUGUAGUCAUUGAUGACUAUAUUAGGAACUAUCUUGCAAAGUACAAUAUGCAUCAGACUUUAAAUAUUUUCCAGAACGAGUGGAGUCAACUUCAAAAGAAAGGAUCUUUCAAUGAUAACCAUAUUGGUUUGAUCACCGAUACCGAGAACAAAAAUGCCAGAAUGGAGGAGAGGAUCAAAAGGAUGAAAAUAGAGCUAGAGAAAGAGCAAGUGAAAGCUGAUAAAGCCAAAUCUACUUGGCUAAAAUUACGUAAAGAGAGAGAUUUCCAUAAAACUCAUACAAUCAGAGUCCAGAAGGAGAAAGAAACCAUCACUGCUAAUAUGAAGAAGCUCAAGGACUUGCAAGAGCAAUAUGAAGAUAAGAUCAAAGAGCUGACAAAGAAAUAUGAAGUCACUCUUAAGGAAAAGACUCUAUUGAAGCUAGAGAAAGAAAAAUUACAGAAGAAAGCUAUUGACAUAAAGAGAAGAAUCAAAGAGAAGGAAGACGAAGUAGCCUACGCUAUUGAGAAGUCUAAGGCAAGAGCAUCUGGUGCUAAUAAAGGCAAACAAAUUUUGAAGAUGAAGGGUCAGAACACUCCUUAUCCUGUUGAUGAUGCAAGACCCAACCCUUUCCUUGCCAGAGAAUAUGAUGACAUCAAUUCGAAGCCUUCUAGUCAAAAGAUAGUUAAAGCUCAUGAUGUUGGAAUAGGAGGAAUGUGCUUGCAUUUUAAGAAACAGAUUGUUGCAACUGUUUCAGACGACUGAAUGUGGAAGAUUUGGAAUAUGGAAGACGGAGAAAAUAUACUCUCAGGAGAAGGCCAUAAGGACUGGCUUUCUGGAGUUGAUUUUCACCCUGCUGGAUCUCAUCUUGUCACUUCUGGAGGAGAUACAACAAUCAAAAUAUGGGACUUCAUUAAUUCAUGCUGCUCUGUUGUAUUUACUGAUCAUACACAGCCUGUGUGGAGUGUGAGAUUCCAUGAUACAGGUGAUUUUGUUCUAAGUGGUUCCAUGGAUGGAUCAAUGAAACUUUUUGAUGUGAAUGCUGAGAAAGCUCGCCAAGCUUAUAGAGGGCAUACUGAUUCAGUGAAUUCUAUUAACUUCCAACCGUUUACAAACUUCUUUGUGUCUGCAAGUGCUGAUAAAACACUUUCAGUUUGGGACAUGAGAACAGGACUCACAAUCCAAACCUUUUACGGGCAUCUAAACUCUGUUAAUGAGGCUUCAUUUAGUAUUUCUGGCCAUUUGAUAAGCUCUUGAGACUCAGAUGGUAUUGUAAAAGUAUGGGAUAUCAGAAUGGUUCAAGAAGUACUUCAACUAGAUACAGGAGAUUCUAUUGCUCAUUCAGUUUGCUUUGAUAAGACAAACAAUAUAUUAGCAGUCGGUUGUGCAGACGCAUCAAUCAAAAUGAUUAACAUUGAGAAAGCAGAAAUUGUUAGCACUUUGAAAGGACAUGAUGACUCCGUGAAUUCAGUUAUUAUUGAUCAGGAAAAUUCGACUCUCUUCUCUGCAAGUUCAGACGGUACAAUCAGGUCAUGGAGAUAAUUAUAAGUUUAAAUUUGCA